UAUCCAUCGUUUCAAAACAAUAUUCCAAAUGGCAACAAUGUUGACCAUCCAUGUCAACCGAAUGUGAAAUGGCAAGGUGUUGGACAUUUGGAAAAAGAAGGUGGUGGUCCAAGAAAUCCAUUUGGUUUAGAUUUUGCUGCUAACAAUAUGGUAUGGGACACAACUCUGUGUCAAAUGGAUUCAGAUGGGGAUGGAAUGACGAAUGGCUAUGAAUUAGGAGACCCAAAUUGUGUUUGGGUAGCAGGACAAGGAAUUACACCGGAGAGGGCCAUAGACAUCACUCACCCCGGAAUCUGUGAUCCUUUUAAUGCUCCACAAUGCUAUCAAGCGAACAAUAACUUCACAAUAUCAUGUACACCAACUCAAUUUAACUGUCCUGCAACUCAAGAUUCUGGUGUUAUCAGUUACACUUACUCUCUCCCUCCGACACCAGUACCGGUUAAGGAAACAACAUAUAUGUGCAUGGUAUUUGAUUUCCCACAAGGGCAAGACAUUCACCAGAUUGCCUAUGAACCAGUUAUAGAUAACGCAAAUGUGAUGCACCAUAUGACGAUCAUGGGGUGUAUGCCUGGGCAGACAGUACCUCCUAAUGAGGUUGGCGUUCCCCAUGAAUGUGGAAUGGGAGCAUCAAGUUCGUGUCAGAUUGUAUUAGGAGUAUGGUCUUUGGGAUUUUCUGGGCAUUGUCUGCCUGAUGAAGCUGGUAUCAGAAUUGGACCAAACAAGUAUACACAAGGUGCUAUACAAUUACACUGGACAAACCCGCUUCUUUCGAACAGCCUUGUUGAUGGAUCAGGGAUGAAACUUUACUUUACACCUAACCUCCGUCCAAAUGACGCUGGAAUUUUCAUCACCGGUCAGAAUUAUCUUAACAUACCAUCGGGUCUUGAGAGCCACCAAGAGGAAGGCGAAUGUCCAUCCGAAUGUACAAAUCAGCUCUUCACAGGAACUAUUCAUGUGUUUUCAGCUUUGAAUCAUAUGCAUUAUUUAGGCAGUGAGAUGAAAGUAAAAUUACAUAGGAACGGGACAAAGAUUGCAGAUCUAACAGAUGAUCCCUUAUAUGUUUAUGAUUCUCCUCAACUUCACGAGCUUUCUCCAGCUAUUGAAGUUAUGCCUGGCGACAGUAUCACCACUAAAUGUACAUAUAAAUCAACAUCUCGUUCCGGAACAACGUUAUAUGGUCAAUCAACAUUUGAUGAAAUGUGCUUUGGUUUAUUAUAUUACUACCCAGUGGCAAAUAUUGCCGGCGCGUGGACAUGUAUUUCGUUCAAAGGAAUUUCCCAAUGCGAUAUUAAUUCAGGAAACGUCGAUGGUUGUAAUACAUUUGAUUUCUUUAAUUUUGGUAAUCAAGCAAGUCAGAAUAGGUACGACACAAUUAUCAACAAUUGUCCAAUAUUUGGUGCCGGUACAUACGAUUGCAUGGCUGCGCAGAUGUCCAUAAGAAACGAUCCCUGCAUGGCAUCGGACGUAUAUGAUUUGAUAAUUAAUAAAAGUAAUGGUUGGUACACUGCAGAUGCCUUUCACUCUGCGAUGUUGACACACAAUCGCUGCUUCAUGUUUUACGAUUUAUCAGUAGAUCAAAACCAGCAGUUUUAUAAUUCAAUCGUAGACAAUUGUGAACCAUGGGGUAGUUGUUUGGAGCAGUGUGGCACAGCUAUUGAUGCUCAAAUGAAUCAAGCAUGCAUGCGCCCGGGGACAUAUGAACAUUUUCGAUCUUUCGCGGUUAUCAACCAGAAUAUCCAGUGGAUUAGAUUUUUUGCAUCCGUUGCAUCUUGUAGAAACAUAUAGAAUGAGACAAAUCCCUUUUUCAACUUUUAAAAAAAAAAAUGUCUUCUUUUCACUCAUUUUCACAAUUAAGAUACUUUUGAUUAAUAUAUAGAGAGACUUUAUGUACAUAUUUCUGAGGGAAAGACAUAUUCAAAGAAACUUCAAAAUCAUACUCUUUGUCAAUUAUCCUGGUGAAAUUCAUAGAAGAUCAUGAACAAAACUGAAACUUAGAUAGACAGAUGUCAUCGUCAUUAAAUAUUCAAAUAAAUUGUUAUGUUAUACAUGAUUUCGAAUUAUUUUUCAUAUUCCUUAAAGGCUUUUUUUAUCAUUUUGUAUUGGUAUAUCGUGUUAUACAUACGAGUUUUAUUGUCUGAGUAGCUUAAUAACAAAAUCUUUAAAAUCUUGAAUUUAUGUUAGAGUAGAAUACAUUUUUUGCGAAAGUCUGAAUGAAAUGAAAAAGUAGCAAUGCCAUGAUAAAGAAGAAGCAUACUUGUGAUGAUUGGAAAUAUUACAACCAGAACAGGGAAUAAUUCGCAUGCGUCACAGAUGCCACAAUUAACCACAAGAACACAUGGUUCAGGGAAGAAACUAAAGAAAUCCGUCCAAUUCAGCUGACGAACGAACUAAAUCAUUAAGAUUUUAAUAUGGACAAAAAUGAUUAGCCAAAUAAUAUACUAAAUCAUUUAAACAAGCUUUCCUAUUUUUUUUUUAUUUUUCUUGCAUAUAGAUCUGUAUUAUGUCCAUGCUUCAUUGCAAUAUAAAUAAAGAAAUUAUCAUCAAAUGUU